CAAAAUUAUAAAGCAAUUGAGAAAAAGAAAUAGAAAAUGAUUAACAUUAACAAACGUGUGGAUGACUAUUGUAACGCGAUGAUGUUGAUGUCUAAUGCCCUGUGACGGAAAGAAUCUGUACGAGUGGAAAAAAGGUGGCUUCAUCUGAGCCAGAAGACGAUGAUCAAAUGACGAUGGUGGCUCCAGCGACCUAGAUGGAGGAGCUCCGGGAAUUGUCGCUGCUUCUCGUGUUGCUCACAAUGAUCCGCUCGACUGUGAGUGGUGUCUUCAGGCAGGAACAGGUGUUCACCAUCUCUCCACACAGCGUCAGAGUGAACGCCGGAGAGGACGUCUUCCUCGAGUGUGUCAUCCAAAACCAACAGGGUAAAGCACAGUGGACAAAAGAUGGCUUUGCAUUAGGUUUCGAGCGCGACGUCCCAGGUUACCCUCGCCACUCCUACUCGGGGGACCCGAGCAAGGGGCAGCACCAUCUGGUCAUCAAGGGCGCCACCUUGGACGACGACGGCGAGUACCAGUGCCAAGUGGGUCCCACUACUGACACCAGUGCCUUGGCGGCCUCUGCUAACGUCACUGUUAUGGUGGCUCCAACCAGCCUGAACAUCAUCAGGGGCGCCGACAGCAGCGUCGUGCAGGGCACAGAGGGUCACAACCUGUACCUGCAGUGCCUCGUCAACGGUGCCAGACCCGCCCCCUCCAUAGCUUGGUACCGCAAUGGUCUCAUGUUGGAUGACAGUAAGUGGAGGUCAGACUAA